ACCAAAGAGUGAAAUACAUCAAACAAUCAACCAGCCCAACAAUAAUACCACUUUAACAAUUGAAAUAACCAUUAAUAAAAACCACUGGUCGGCAGGUAGUUAGCAAUGGCUAUUUCAGGUCAAUCCGGCGAAGAGACGAGGGGACAAUCAGGGAUAGCACUCGAUCACCCCCAUGGAUCUCAAUCUGGAGGCGUUAGUGGUGGGCGAAUACCAAUCGGAGCAACUGACCAUUCAGUUGAUAGAGCAGAAAUGUAUUCCCCUUUCGAAGAUCUUAGGGUUCCGGCGAUGGGUGGCCACCAGUUUCAGAACUGCUUCCUGUGAUAAGGAGGAAUUACUUCCGAUACUGUAGACGCUAUGUUCCGUCGUUUAUAACAAUACCCACAACCCACAAUUGUCUCUCCCAUGUACCACGAUGAUGGCCACCAGAUGGGCAACUCCAACGAAGAUGAUUCGCCGAUCGGCAUCGCCGGCGACCACCAUAUCGGCGAUGAUGGGACUUAGUUUAAGAAAUCAAAAUCUCAAGUAUUCCUUCAUUUUCUUAGGAAUGAUGAAUUACACAAUUCCUAAGAAUUCUCAAGUACUAGUAAAUGUUUGGGCGAUUGGGCGAGACCUCAUGAUUUGGGAAGAUCCAUUGAACUUCAAGCCAGAACGGUUCCUCAACUCGACUCUAGAUUUUAAAGGGACUGAUUUUGAGUUCUUACCGUUUGGUGCAGGGAGAAGAAUCUUCCCUGCCCUACCCAUGGCAGCAAAGCUUGUUCCUUUGAUAGUUGCUUCAUUGAGCUAGACAUGAAUGAGAAGGUUGCUUUAACAUUGCAGAAGGAACAUCCCUUGGUCCUCAUUCCCAAACUUAAGAAAUGACCAACAGAUUGUGCCAAUCUUUCUACCAUGUGUACUGUUAUAAUCACUUUCAUAUAUUUAUCUCAAAGAGUGCUCAUUAUAUCAGUUGUCAGAAAUGAAAGCUUUUCUUUUAAAUUUCAAUACCUUCUUGUAUCAAGAAAA